GCGCAGGCCCGUCGCCACAGCAACGGUUUGUUGAUAGGUGACGUAACUGUUAAAGUGUCCGGAAUACAUGGCGACAUGAAACUCAAGCGGUUCCUCCUCAGAUAUUAUCCACCAGGUAUAAUCUUGGAAUAUGACAAAGGAGGAUAUUUGAAGACCAAAUCAAUCGACCUUUUGGAUUUGACUCCAGGAGCAAACCCAGAUGAGCUGCUGGCAGAAAUCAGGCAAUCAGAGCCUCUGAUCACAGAGUCCAGGGCUGAACAGGUCAAACAGCUGAUCAUUCGACUUCAGCAGAAACAGGGCCAGCAGGACCACCACAGGUUCUGUUUCUCCAAGGAGCUUAAGGCACACAUACUCCCACUGACCAAUGUUGCCUUUGACAAAUCAGGGUCAAGGUUUUUAACUGGGAGCUAUGACAGGACAUGCCGAGUUUGGGACACAGCCUCAGGCACAGAGCUGCAUACACUGGAGGGUCACAGAAACGUGGUGUAUGCAAUUGCCUUCAACAACCCCUAUGGAGACAAGAUUGCCACCGGCUCUUUUGAUAAGACCUGCAAACUGUGGUGUGCUGAGACGGGCAAAUGUUUUCACACCUUUCGUGGACACAGGGCAGAAAUAGUGUGCCUGUCGUUCAACCCCCAGAGUACACUGGUGGCCACAGGCAGCAUGGAUGCCACUGCCAAGCUGUGGGACGUGGAGACUGGAGAAGAGGUGGCCACUCUGACUGGUCACACUGCAGAGGUCCUCUCUCUGUGCUUUAACACAGUGGGAAACCAACUUGUCACUGGCUCCUUCGACCACACAGUAGCUAUAUGGGAUGUGGCUUCAAGACAACGUGUUCACACUCUGAUUGGUCACAGGGGGGAGAUCAGCAAUGUUCAGUUUAACUGGGAUUGCUCCCUCAUAGUCACAGGCUCCAUGGACAAAAAUUGCAAGUUGUGGGAGGCCGUCAGUGGGAAGUGUGUGGCCACCCUAGUCGGACACAAAGAAGAGGUGCUAGAUGUGUGUUUUGAUUUAAGUGGUCACCUCAUUGCUACUGCCUCUGCUGAUGGCACAGCGCGAGUGUUCAGUGCAACCACACACCAGUGUCUCUUGAUCCUAGAGGGCCACGAUGGAGAGAUCUCCAAAAUCUGUUUCAGCCCCCAGGGCACCAGGGUCCUGACUGCCAGCUCAGACAAGACAGCUCGUCUGUGGGAUGUUCUGUCUGGAGCCUGCCUACAAGUUCUGGAGGGGCACACAGACGAGAUCUUCUCCUGUGUCUUCAACUAUGAGGGUGACACUAUCAUUACAGGCAGCAAGGAUAACACAUGCCGGAUCUGGUACUGACCCUUCCCUUCACCACGUAGAGGCUCAUGAAGACUGUACAUGGACACAACGAUCAAUUUACAUUGCCCAAGUAUGGGCCUAUAUAAAAAAUAUUCAGUCACGUUGAGGUAAUAGUCUGGUGAGGUUAAAGGGGAUAACAAAUCAUCAUCGCUUGAUUAUAUAAUGUCUCCCUAAUGUUCCUCCUGUUACUGAAUCUGUUUGAAGCUCUGCUUGUUCCCUGACUCUACUUACUUCAUACUGUGGCUUGACCAGUAGACCCAGCUUUUUGUUGACUGUAGAGUUGAGUUUGGUAACUCUUCAACCACGUUUAUGGAAAAGAUUCACAUUUUGGGACAUAGGCUUUCUUGCUGCGCGUAUUACGAGAACAUUGAUUGACAUCCCUGACCAAUUGGCUUAGCAUAAAGACUAGAAGAAGCGGGCCACAGCUAACCUGGCACUGUCCAAAGUUAUUAACACACUUCACAGUUACAGAACUUAAGGCUGCAAAAACACAACUGUUUUUACAUUUCUGUUCAGUGGGUAUUCCCCCUGCCUAGUUAGUAGUUGCUAUGCUAGGCUCAGAUAGUAGCUGCAAACAUCCUAUUUGACACGAGAACACUUGGAAAAGACAGUGAGUCAAGUAAGCAUAUUUCCCCAGCUAAUUUAAUCAUAUACAUACGUGAGCAUUAUUGUAAAUGUUUGCCUGUUCUAUCUUCACAAGCCCAUUAUCAGCUAACAAAGGUAAUGUGAUGUUUUUGUUCCCACUGCCUUGUAUGUUUCUGUGAUGUGUACUAAGCAGUAUUAUCUGAAAGCACAAUACAUAAUGAUGAAUGUUUAUUCAGUAGCUUCCUAGCUGGUAUUCAAAUGUGACAAACUUCCCCAAAGAUCAUAUAGCUAUGGUUUUACAGUCUCACUGACAUGCUUUUGAGAGAACCAGGUAAUACUUAUCAGGAUAAAUGUGCUACUAAACAGUAUUCAGUUGCUUUUCUGAUGAAUAUUCUGAAUAAUCAAGACUGCUUGUAUUUCACAUCACAGAAGUUUAUUGAUGUCAAAAGAUAAAUACAUUCAGUUCUACCGUGACAGAGUUUACAGCUGAAUCGUGUGCUUUUUUCCCCAAUGCUGAUGUAUCACUAGAGUACUACUAUGUAGAGAAAUCAACAGACCAAAUUCACAUACAAAUUCAACAUUACAAACCUUACUCUGUCCUCCUGACAUAGUAAAAGCUAAAGAGAGCAGUCCACUACUCCAAGGUGCAGCAGUUCCAAAUCUACAGUAUAUACAGUACAGCUAUCCAAAAUAAUCAGUUCUCAAGUAACAUUAACAAGAUAACACACUUACUUUGAACUGAAUUUCAAGGUCACAACAGAGGUGGUAUGUUGGCCAAUGAACACAACAAAUAUAUGGGCAUUUUGCUUACUUUAAGCAAAUGUGCACUUCUAAGUGGCCGUCAUAAGAAAGUGAAAGAGCUUUUUCUGGGCUUACAAUUCCUCACUUAGCCUCUUUUACAAAGUAAUCUUGAUACAAAAGGUUUGAGCAUGUUGAGUUGUGGGGAGAAUUUAACCUGAUUUUCCUAUCUUCUGUUGGUACUUUGCUUCAUGUGUGUUCAUUUGGAAUAAAUAAAUAAAUAAACAUAAUUUGGUUGUGAGAAUCUGUAAAUAUAUAUAUUUAUAUAUAAUCUGGAGCAGUUAAAACCUGCUGACUAUAAUCUCUUGAAGGCUAGUUCAUUCCCAUCAGGAAUGUCCAACCCGUACACCUACAGUUUGCUCUGUGUGUGUGUCUCACUAGAGAG